AUGGUCAUAGACACGACCAAGGACCUGGCCGCUCUCUUUGAGAAACAGGCCCAAGCCUCCCCUCAAGCCGUCGCCCUCGAAGACGAGAAGCGAACCCUCACAUAUGCCCAACUCGACAGCGAAUCAUGGGCACUGGCUGACCGGCUAUCCCAGUACGGCGUGGGCCGUGACUGCCUCGUGGGCGUGCUGAUGAAUCGAAGUGCUGAUUAUGUGGUUGCGUCCCUAGCAGCUCUUCGCGCCGGAGGAGCAUACCUGGUUCUUGAGCUCGCAUACCCUGCCGCUUUGCUGCGCGAUGUCAUUGACGAUGCAAAACCGACCGUCAUUCUGACGCAAAAGGCACACGUCGCCAACCUAACCCACGUCAACAUCCCCGUCAUUGUCAUUGAUCAGCCCGACAUGACGGCUGGCGCAAACGAGCCGGUCCUGGUAGAACACAAGCCUCCCCUGCCUGCCGACGAUGAUUUGGACAGACUGGCCUUUGUGUCUUAUUCCUCCGGCACCACAGGCAAGCCCAAGGGCAUCGCCAAUCCUCACAGGGCCUGUGUUUGCUCAUAUGAUCUGAGAUUUGCGCUCAGCAAUCUGCAGCCAGGCGAUCGCGUGGCCUGCAAUGUCUUCUUCACGUGGGAGAUGCUGCGGCCGCUCCUCCGCGGGGCGACCACGGUCGCUGUUCCUGACAGCGCAAGCUACGAUCCCCAAGCUCUGGUCGAGUUCCUUGCCGCUCGCAGAAUCACCGAAACCUUGAUGACGCCAACUCUCCUUGCCACAGUCCUCACCCGUCACUCAACACUCGCCGAUACCCUUCCUCACCUCAAGUCCUUAUGGCUCAAUGGCGAGGUUGUCACCACCGAUCUCUGCAGAAGAGCUUCCAAAGCGCUGCCCGACGUUCGAUUGCUCAACGUGUAUAGCGCCAGCGAGACCCACGAGGUCGCGGCGGGUGACAUCAGAACCUUUAUCGACUACGAGGCUCCCGUGUGCCCCGUAGGUCCCCCGAUGGAUCCCACAACCAUCUACAUCCUCGACGAGGCAGGUAACCGGGUCGAUGUAGGGGUGAGCGGCGAGCUCUACGUGGGUGGCCAGAUGCUCGCUCGCGGCUAUCUCAAUCUCCCCGAAACCACUGCCAAAUCUUUCCAGAUGGACCCCUUCUCUUCCGCUCUAGAUGCGCGAAUGUACCGAACCGGCGAUAUGGCGCGCAUCCUGCCUUCGGGAUUGCUUGAAAUCACGGGAAGAGUGGGUGGGAUGAUCAAGACUCGAGGAUACACCGUUCAGCCCGGAGCAGUGGAGGCAACAAUCGUCAAGCACCUCGCGGUCCGGGAUUGCGCGGUUGUGGCUCGCGGAGAGGGCUUGGAUAAGCAACUGGUGGCCUACCUUGUCCCCGACAAGGGCGAAGCACGAAACCGUACCGUCCUGGUUAUUGACGAGUCGGGGUACAGCCCCGUCGCGCGAAGAGCCCUUUCGGACCACCUCGCACACUACAUGAUUCCUACCAUCUGGGUUGAGCUGGAGACAUUGCCCACCCACGGUGUUUCCGGAAAGACCGAUCUCAAGGCCCUCCCACCUCCGCCCUCUCCAAGGACACCUAAUCUCAAUGCCAUCAAGGAAAAGGAUACCCGAAUCAAGAUGGACACCAUUGUCAAGAUGUGGGCUGCCUCUCUCAACAUCCCAGCCAGUGCCAUUUCUCAUAGCCACAGCUUCUUCGACUUGGGCGGUCACUCCUUGACAUUGGCUGAUUUGGCUGGUCGGCUGACGAGGACGUUUGGCUUCCCGGUUCCCCUUGCACCUCUGGCCGGCACCCCAACGUUGGAGGGCCAUUUGAGGGCGGUAAAAGCCGCUCGAGAUGGCCACACUGCCGCCGUGCAAGCUGACCUUCCGGCUGUUUUGGAGGCCGACUCCGCUCUGCCACAAGACAUCAAGGGGACAGGGCGACCAAUGUGCCGCCUCAACGAUGCCGAGACUAUCCUUCUCACUGGUGCGACGGGUUAUCUGGGAGCUUUCCUGCUCAAGUCCCUCUUGGACAACACGUCAGCCCAGAUUCUUUGCCUGAUUCGUUUCACGGACCCCAACGUGGACUGCAGACCCGCCGGCAUUGCGCGAAUCCGGAAGAACUUGAUAGAUCAGGGCAUCUGGAACGAUACCAUGCUCGAGAGGAUGGAAGUCGUCCCCGGCAACUUGGCGCGCAACCGCCUUGGUCUCUCUCCCGAGGCUUUUGCCGAGCUGGCCUCGCGCGUAGACGUCAUCGUGCAUGCCGCCGCCACGGUCAACCUCGUCUACCCUUACGCGGCGCUGCGAAAUGCCAACGUUGGUGGCACUCGCGAGAUCUUGCGACUGGCUUCGCGGGGGGGCGCCACGGUGCACCACGUCUCUACCAACGGUGUCUUGCCACCCUCCGAGACCGCCUGGCCAGAGGAAGCCGUGCUUGACAUCAAAGAUGUGCCGACAAGACUCCCCGAUGGCUACGGCCAAACCAAAUGGGUGGCAGAGGCGCUUGUGAACGAGGCUGGCCGACGAGGCAUGCAUGUCAAGGUCUAUCGGCCAGGUACCAUCAGCGGUCACAGCGUCACGGGCGCAACCAACACGUAUGACCUGUUGAACGCCUUGAUUGUCGAGUCUCUUCACCUGGGAUACGCGCCGAAAGUGGACGGCUGGCUGGCAGAAAUGACGCCAGUGGACUUUGUCAGUCAGGCCAUCGUCACUCUGGCCAACCAUCCAUGCACGAAGCAGAAGCUGUACCACCUGGGGGAUCCCCAGCCCGUGGCUGCCGAGACCGUGUUCCGGGAUCUCGAAGCCCUGGGCUACCCCACGAAGCGACUCCCGUGGAACGAAUGGGUGGCCCUGUGGAAAGAGAAGCGCGGGCCAGGCGGCCGCGGCGGUGACGAUCCCUUUACCGUGGACAUUCUACGCGGCGGCAUGCCCACAGUCGACACCUUGGAGCUGGUAACCAUCCUCCACGACGGGGCCACCCAACCCGAACUGGACCUUUACGGCGUCUCGCGACCAAGGAUUGACAGGAGCCUGUGGGAGACGUACGCCCGACACUUUUUUGCCCGCGGCUGGCUUCCGCGGCCCCCUCUCCGCCUCCAACGCAACGGCGUCCACGGCGCCAACAGAAGGGGCCGUCUUGCCGGGCGCGUGGCCGUCGUAACCGGCGCGUCGUCCGGCAUCGGAGCCGCCGUCGCGGCCAAGCUCGCCGCAGAAGGCGCCCACGUCGCCCUCGCCGCCCGCCGGGCCGACGAGCUCGAGAAAGUAAGGGCCGCGCUCUCCCCCACCGGCGUCAAGGUCCUGGCCCACCAGACGGACGUGAGCGACAGGGCGCAGGUCGAGUCCCUCAUCGAGACCGCCACGGCGAGGCUGGGCCCCGUCGACAUCCUCGUCAGCUGCGCGGGCGUCAUGUACUUCACCCUCAUGGCCAACUGCCGGGCGGACGAGUGGGAGCGCACCGUCGACGUCAACUGCAAGGGCCUGCUGCACUGCCUGUCGUCCACGCUGCCGGGCUUCCUGGCCCGCCGGUCCGGCCACAUCGUCGCCGUGUCGUCGGACGCCGGGCGCGUCGUCUUCCCCGGGCUGGGCGUCUACUCCGCCAGCAAGUUCUUCGUGGACGCCACGCUGCGCAGCCUGCGGAUGGAGACGGUCGGGACGGGGCUGCGCGUCACGUCCGUGCAGCCGGGGAACGUGGACACGGGGCUGCUGAGCAUGUCGACGGACGCGGAGGCGCUGAAGCGGUACGGGGAGCCGACGGGGGCCAAGGUCCUGGACGCGGGGGACGUGGCCGAGGCUGUGUUGUAUGCCGUCACGCAGCCGGAGCACGUGGCUGUGAAUGAGAUUCUGGUGGAGCCAAGAGACGAGCCGGCAGUGGUGGCGUAG